CUACAGUACUCUUGUCUUGCGUGGUUCAGGCGUUGUUGUGUGUUUUGACGCCGAGCACGCUAUAUGACGUCAUCGUGGGAGUGUUCCUCCAUCGGGAGAGAUGAACGGUCACAAACACAAUCCUCUCAGCGCCCAUCAUGUCAUUUUUCUAAACGUGAAUGAAGACAGCUGACUAAAAACCAAGAGCCACUGUCAGAUUUUCAUUUGGAGUGCUUCCCCAGCGGUGGAGCUGGACAUUUGCUUGGAAUUUUAAUCCUUCUACCCUGCCAUAUCAUUUGCUGAUGACUACAUCAGAAGCCAAUCCUGCUUUGUGAGUCAGACGAGGAAAGGUCGGGCUGAUGACAAGCAUGACAUUGAGCCAAGACACAGAUGCAUGCCCACUCAGAAAGUUCAACUGAGCGCCGUCCAAGCAGCCUCACACAGGGGAGGGGCGGGCGGUGUCGACGCCAUUUUGCUAGCCCUGUGCACCCCCCUCCCCUGAGUAGAACUGGAGGCCUCUGAUGGAUCAGGGUUGUAGCGAGCAGUGUCCAGAGGAAGCGGACUCAGGAGGCCGGGCAGAGCCGGAGGGCAGUCGGAGGGCGUCAGAGUCCGAGCAUGGUUUGUCCAAAAUCACCCAUAGCGCCCGGGAGAACAUGGGAUCUUUGGGUCACGGCCUGAAGCAGCUCUUCCAGCCGCAGCGCAGACGCUCCUCCGUGUCCCCGCAUGACACCGCCGCUUCCUGCGCGAGCUCCAAUGUUUCCGAGACCACCGACGUAGUCUCGGAAGGCGGGGAAGCUCGAGCCCCCUCGGCUCUCUCUUUGGAUUCUGACGGCCCCGCCGCCUCCGCCCCUCCCGCAGCGCUGAGCCGGGUGCUGCAGCAAAUCCGAGGUGCUCCGCCAAUGAUGAAGCGAGGCACCAGCCUGCAGAGCCGCCGCAGCAAGGCGGGGGGCGCCGGGGACGCCCCCCAGAAAGGUAGCCCCCAGAUUCACCGGCGCAGCACCCACGAGGCCCUGCUGCAGGCUGGGCGCCCUCGCUCCUCCUCUACCACCGACACGUCCAGCAGCCCCGCCCUGGCAGACAUGCUGAUCACAUCCGGCUACCAUUCUACCGAGGAACCUGACAAGACGGAUCGCUACGAUGGAUCGGCCCCUGCCGGGUCUCCGAAUGCCGUCUCCUGCGGCUCAGACGGCUACGACGUGGUAGACAGCACGCCGGACCCUCAGCGUACAAAGCAGGCCAUCGCCCAACUGCAGCAGAAGAUCCUCAAACUCACCGAGCAAAUCAAAAUCGAGCAGACGGCGCGCGACGACAACGUGGCCGAGUACCUGAAACUAGCCAACAAUGCGGACAAACUGCAGAGCGUGCGGAUCAAGCAGGUGUUUGAGAAGAAGAAUCAGAAGUCUUCACAGACCAUCCAACAUUUGCAGAAGAAGUUGGAGAACUACCACCGGAAGCUUCGCGAGGUGGAGCACAAUGGCAUCCCGCGCCAGCCCAAAGACGUUCUUCGGGACAUGCACCAGGGCCUGAAAGAUGUCGGUGCCAAGGUGACGGGCGGACUCUCCAGCAUUUCCCAAGCCACUCACUCCGCCGCCGGAGCUGUGGUGUCCAAGCCGAGGGAAUUCGCCUUUCUCAUCCGCAACAAGUUCGGGAGCGCCGACAACAUCGCCGCCCUCAAAGAUUCUCUGGACGAGACGCCGGGCGACGAGGGGGUCAGCCCCGCGGGCAUGAGGACCCUCCCCAGUCCAAAGUACGGCAGCGAGGACGACUGCUCCAGUGCCACUUCGGGCUCGGCGGGGGGCAACAGCACUACCGGAGGACCCGGGGGCCCUCCCAGCUCCAGAGGGAACACGCUGGAUCCUUCUCUGGCAACGGGCUUCGACGCAAUAAUCCACGAGAUCCAAGAACUGCGGGAUAACCAAGGCCGACUUGAAGAGUCCUUUGACAAUUUGAAGUCGCACUAUCAGCGCGACUACACGAUGAUCAUGGAGGCCCUACAAGAGGAGCGAUUCAGGUGCGAACGCUUGGAGGAGCAGCUCAACGAUCUCACCGAGCUGCACCAGAAUGAAAUCCUCAACUUGAAACAGGAACUCGCCAGCAUGGAGGAGAAGAUCGCCUACCAGUCCAACGAACGAGCCCGAGACAUCCAGGAGGCGCUGGAGGCCUGCCAGACACGCAUCUCCAAGAUGGAGUUGCAGCUGCAGCAGCAACAGCAGCAGGUGGUUCAGCUAGAGGGUCUGGAGAACGCCACGGCACGGACGCUCCUGGGCAAGCUCAUCAACGUGCUGCUGGCCGUCAUGGCCGUGCUGCUAGUGUUUGUGUCCACGGUGGCUAACUGCGUUGUGCCGCUGAUGAAGACGCGCAGCCGCACGCUCACCACAUUGCUCCUAGUCAUCCUGGUGGCCUUCCUGUGGAGGCACUGGUACGCUUUCUCAGAGUACCUGCAUCGCUUCCUGAUGCACCCCAGAUGACGCGACGGCGCACGGGACCUAAGAGCGUUUGGACCUGCCACACGACUUCCCGUGCGGCAGCCCUCUUCACGCUCAUCACUUCAUCGCUCAAGAGAGGCUAGGCGGCUCGUCUCUGGUGCAAUUGUGGCUUUGAGAGAACCGCACACUAUUUCUCUCUGAGUCCGUUUGUUUACAUGUGGACCACUUUACAUAGUCGCCCCCACAAGACAUUUGAACUUUUCAUUGCUUUUAACGUGACUCCUUGAGGUCUUUGAAGGCAUAUUUAUUUUUUUAACUGUUAUUUGCAGAUGCCCCAGUUUUAAGUCGCCUAUUCACCUGCUUUUUUUUUUUUCUACUUGGUUCAAAUGAGCUUUUGUAACUAAUUUCUCAAGAAUUGAGCGUUUGCACAGCAGCUCUACAACACUGGCUCCAAACGAUCAUCAUGGCUUUGUAUGGAUUGUGCAAGUCAAGUGGACGUUUCACUGCUGAUUUAAGAUGAACUAUGAACUUAACUAACAUACUUGAAGAGCACUUGAAGUGCUCAAAAGACUCAGUGCUUCCGUACUGUUUCUAUGAGUGACAAUGAAAUAGUCUAGACCUGUUUUUUUUUUUUUUUGAAAGAUCAAUAAAGUCCCUCUUUUAAAUGGUGUAAUUCA